CCAAAUUAUAUUAUUUCACACUCAAACAUUUCCAUCCAUUAGUAGUGAUUAAAAUUAUGCCUAUAGACAAGAUUGUGGAAAUGUUGCCCCUUAAUUGAUGAAGAUUAGCGUGAUUGAUAUCUUAAUUUUAUUGCUCUACUAGAUCUCUUAUCAUAUUAUAGUUUGUUAAUUGAUAUUUAGGGAGGAAUUUUUUUGCAACUACAGCUCCAAGUUAUGGGAAUCAUUGAAGAUGGUACUGCAAAAGGCUUUUUACCUAGUGAGGAAUUGUUUGCAGUACACUACCCUGCAUAUCCUUCAUCCAUGUCGCGUGCUGUCGAAACCCUUGGUGGAAUUGAUGCAAUUGCUAAGGCUCGCAGCUCCAAGUUAAACAAAUUGGAGCUUCGUUUUCGUCCUGAAGACCCAUGUUCACAUCCUGCUUUUGGCCAGAUUUAUCCUUGUAAUAAUUUGCUGUUGAAAAUAUCCAAGGGGAAUAGUGGGGGUAUUCAAAGUAAUAAUUGUUGCAGCAGCCAAUCCAAGGAUUGCAGUUCUGAAAAAUCUGAAAAGCCUAAUGUUCUCUCUGCCGAUAUUGUUGCUAGAGUGCCAGAGGCUUAUAAUUUUACUGGAAUGGUGGAUUAUCAGCAUGUCCUUGCUGUACAUGCUGAUGCUGCACAGAGGAAAGGAAGCUAUAAUGAAGUGAAGGGGCCAUUUGAAAAGGGAGAUCUUGGUGAUGCUGAUGAUGAAAAUUUGAUGAUGCUGGUACCUCCACUGUUUUCACUGAAAGAUGUUCCCGAGAAUAUAGUGUUGAGGCCAUCAAUCACAUUGAGUUCCAAAAAGAAACAGGAGGGAGUUGUACAACAUCGGUGGGAGAUGGAGAUUGAACCAUGUCUAGCUAUCGAUUUCAAUAUCAAAGAGAUUCCUAAAAGGGUUAACUGGGAGGAAUACAUAUCACGAGGAUCAGAUCAAUGGAAAUGGCAGAUGGUUGUGUCUAAAUUGUUUGAUGAACGACCCAUUUGGACAAGAAGCUCUAUCCAUGAACGCUUGUGUAAAGAGGGUCUGAAAUUUGGAGACCAUAUGCUUAAGAGGCUUCUUUUUCGGAGUGCAUACUACUUUGGAAGUGGACCGUUCCACAGGUUCUGGAUCAGAAAAGGUUAUGAUCCUCGCAAAGAUCCUGAAUCUCGCAUAUAUCAAAGAAUUGAUUUCAGGGUUCCCCCAUCUUUGAGAGGGUAUUGUGAUGCUGCUAGUGGAAAGAAGCAUAACUGGGAGGAUUUGUGCGCAUUUCGGGUUUUUCCGUACAAAUGUCAGACUUAUUUUCAACUUUCUGAACUUGCCGAUGAUUACAUUCAAAAUGAGAUACGAAAGCCUCCAAACCACACUGUUUGCACUUGUUCAACGGGAUGGUACACAUCAUAUGUUCUUGAUAGUUUAAGAUUAGGUGUUGCAGUGAGGUUUUUAUCAGUGUAUCCUCUAGACGGUGCUGAAUCUUUGCUGAAACGUGUUUCUGAAAAAUUUGAGAAGUCAAAAAAGAUGCGCUACCAAGUAAACAAUCUCAAGCCCGGAGAAGAGGGUGAAUUGCAAGCUAAUCCAGAGCUGACAGGUGAUGAAGAUAAAGGAGAUGAUGACGAUGACGAUGAUGAUGAAGACAAUGAGAUUGAGGAUGAAGAUGGUGAAGAGGAAUUGGACAUAAAUGACACUGUAUACCUGGAUGGAGACGAUGCUGAUUUCACCCUGCAGUCUGAUUCCUAUUUGGGUGCAGAGAACAUAUCAAGAAAUUACCUGCAGGAACUAUUUGAAAGCUUUCCAUCUACAGGAGCUUCUAAUCAGCAGUUGGAUGGUGCAGAUGUCGGGGAAUAUCAGAUAUAUGAACAAGACAGUGAUGGCAACUACUCUGAUGACUAUUAAGUGCAGGGAGAGAUGAGGACUGAAGUCGAAAAAGUGUCAUUCAUCUGCUUGCUAAAAUGACAGCUUCAAAUAUGCAAAUUUGAUUCUGUUUGCACCGGGCCUCUUAAGGUUCACUGCAUUGCUAACCUCCAGCCUUCCACGUUUGGUGAAUAAAUAACUAAAUAAGGUUUGAGAAGGGCUGUAGGAAAUUUUAGAUAGAAGUAAAAAGGGCAUUUGUGUAGCCGAUCCCACUUAUGGGAUUAAAGUUUUUAUUGAUUGAUUUAAAAAGGACAUUUGUAGUUACACUUUUGAGUUUUGACUAAUGAGUUAUUCUAGCAUUUUUGGCAAUUU